AUGUUUCCACUCGGCCGUGUUGUAUAUAUGCCUUUGUCAACUUCAACAUCUACCUCUGGUGGAACUACAACGACAACUUUAUUAGGACCUGUACCUCCAGAUUUUUCAUCUUCUUCAACAUACCCUUUAUAUAAUACUACACUUUUGAGCAAUCCAUUCAACUUGUGCACAACUGCCAAGUUCGAACACAAUGCACUUCAACAAACAUUACCAAAUUUAUCUCACGGGUAUAAACGAACGCGUGAUGAUCUACAUGAUUCACAACAAUCAAUUUGGCCAAAAAAACGAGCGAGAAUAUCUCCAGCACAAACUUCGACAUCUUCAUUAAAUCAACCACCAGCAAAUAACAAUAAUAAUAAUAAUAACAAUAGCAAUAAUGGUGAUAGUACAUCACCAUCUUCAAAAAAUGCACUUAUGUUAUUGCACGAGCUUAAACCUUCUGUUGAAUAUAAACUUGUUGCACAAACAGGUCCAUCACAUCGUCCAAUUUUUACUAUGGCUGUUGAAGUCAAUGGUCAAAUAUUUGAAGGUAUGGCUCAAACAAAAAAAGAAGCAAAACAAGCAGCUGCUGAAAAAGCUCUUCGAUCAUUUGCUGAUUUACCUUUUCAAUUACCUGAUGAAAUGCCGAGUGAAUCUGAAAUCCCAACAGCAAUACAUACUGAUAAUAAUGUAAUAAAUACGAAUACAUCAUCAUCAUCAUCGAUUAUAAAUAACGAUAAUAUUCAACGAAAAACAUCAAGUCCUAAUAAUAUAAUCGAACCACGUGAAAUUCAAAGUGGUCUAACUCCUCUGUAUCUUCUUAAUCAACUUAAACGUGAUGCACAGUUUGAAGAAAUCACUGAUGAAGUAUCAUCAUCAGCAACUAGUGAACAGUGUGAAUUUAAAUUUGCAAUUAUUGUUGACGGUCAACGUUUUAUUGGUUCAGGACGAAGUAAAAAAAUAGCUAAAACAAGAGCAGCACAAUCUAUAUUGGAGAAAUUGUUUGGCAUGUGUUUUGAUAAGGAAGGUGGUAUUCCAAUAGAAAGUGAUAGUCUUCCAACUGGUCUACCAUAUUCUCGUCGUGAUCUUGCUGAUCGUAUUGCAUUGUGUAUACAAGAAAAAUUCAAUCAAUUAACUCAUAAUGAUGUACGUCUUCAACGACGGAAAGUCUUAGCUGGUAUUGUUGUUACGCGUAAUUUUGAUCUCGAAAAUAUAGAAGUUGUUUGUAUAACAACUGGAACUAAGUGUAUUAGUGGAGAUCGUCUUACACUCAAUGGGCAAUCAUUAAAUGAUUGUCAUGCUGAGAUAAUAUCACGUCGAUGUCUUAUUCGUUACUGUUAUCAACAAUUAAAAAUCUUAAUUGAAGAUCAUAAUUCGGAAUCGAUAUUUGAACGAAUUCCAGAUAGUACUCGAUUCCGUCUUAAAACAUCUGUUGCUUUUCAUUUAUAUAUAUCAACAUCACCUUGUGGCGAUGGUCGUCUUUUUGCACCACAAGAAACAGCAGCUGAACAAUCACCAAUCAAUCUCGAUCCAAAUACUAAACAUAUAGGACAUUCAUUGAGAAAAUCUCGUGGUUUACUACGAACAAAAAUUGAAGCAGGUGAAGGUACUAUUCCUGUUAUGGCUAAAAAUUUAUAUCAAAGUAUGCAAACAUGGGAUGGAAUAUUAGGUGGUGAACGACUUUUAACCAUGUCUUGUUCGGAUAAAUUAUGUCGAUGGAAUUUUAUUGGUUUACAAGGUGCUUUGCUGAGUACAUUAAUCGAACCAGUUUAUUAUACUAGUAUAAUUAUUGGAAGUCUUUAUCAUAGUGAACAUAUUCGAAGAGCAUUAUUUUCUCGGAUUGAACAUAUAAUUGGUACUAUCGCAUCACCGUAUGGUUUACAUCGACCAUUUAUUUCUGGUGUUAGUAGCCCAGAAAUGCGAACUACUUCUCGAGCACCUAAUCAUGCAUUCAUAUGGAAUUGUGUUGAUCAAAAAUGUGAAAUUAUUGAUACUUUAAGUGGAUUAACAUCUUCUCGUGAAGCAUCUUUCGUAUCAAAAGCAGCUUUAUUUCAACAGUGGUUAAUAUUAAUGAAACAAAUUCAACCUGACAUAUCCCCACCAACGAUCUAUUGUGAUGCGAAACAAUUAGCAACUGAUUAUCAAACAGCUAAAAUAGAGAUUAAUAAAGCGUUUCAAAAAGGUGGAUUUGGUUUAUGGAUUAUAAAACCACAUGAACAAGAUGAAUUCGAAUUAUCUUCUUCCGACGUAUUACUUCCUGAUCAAUCCAUUCCAUCUGUAGACUAA